AUGAUUGACUUCCUCUGUAUUUACCCCAUGUGCUUGGACGACCGGCGACGCAACACGAGAAUUGAACUGGGUACCGAUCUGUUGUCCUCUCACACAUACCCGGCAUUGACAGGGAACCAUGAUUCUUCGCAAAUCUUGAUGCAGUCUGACUGCGUCCCGAAUUCCACGAAAAUGAUGCCAGAAAUUACAAGUUCAGAUGCUGAAUCAGUGCCUGUUCCUUGUAUUCCGUUGAAACGGACUUUCGACCAAAUGGACGCGGCAAUGGAAGAAGCUUCAGACUUCACUAGGCGAUUGUCGCCCGCUUCUUCAAUUCCAGCGCCAGUAAUUCGUGCGUCUGGCUUGCCGGAUAUACCUGAUUUCCUGUUGCUGGACUCUGUGAUUGGAGCCGAUAUCAAUCAUCGCAAAGAGAGUAUUCUUUUAUCGCCUGUAUUGGCCCCAAUAGCGGAGGAAAGCUCCGAGGACAGUGAUGGCGAGGACCUAAACUUAUUGAUACCUGAAUCAACGGCCUCACUUGCUGAAAUUGAAUUUUCGAAUCUAAAAAGCGAUCUAUUAACACCGCAUUCAUCGCCACCGGCUCCAAUGAACCCACCAACUAUGUCUGUUCCCGAAGUGGGUCACGAUCGUCCUAUCAUCGCUCCAUCACCCACACCGUCUCUACCAGUAAACUCUUUAUCACCAGACAACCAUGACAAUAAUGGAGACACAUCAUCUGUAGCAUCAACAAGUGAUGAUUCAGACUCAGUAUUUGAUGAUGGUCAAUCAGAAAACACAUCUAGCUACACAGCCUCAUUGCUAUCCGAUGUGAAAAACUACGCCUAUGAAAAUGGAAGACGCUAUCACUCAUACCGCGAAGGCCACUACGUCCUUCCCAACGACGAACCAGAACAAGAUCGACAAGAUCUUCUCCACCACGUCCGGAAUCUUGUGCUAAACGGCCGGCUUUUCCGAGCCCCACUGGACAACCACAUCCAACGCGCUCUCGACAUUGGCACCGGCACUGGAAUCUGGGCUAUCGACUUCGCAGACAGCUUCCCCAGUGCCGAAGUAACAGGUACCGAUCUAAGUCCCAUCCAGCCGUCAUGGGUCCCACCCAACCUCCGCUUUGUGGUGGACGAUGCCGAAUCGCAAUGGCUGUAUAGCCCAAGUCGGCCCUUUGACUUCAUCCAUGCCCGGGAUUUAGGCGGUGCUAUCGCGGACUGGCCGCGGCUGAUGCGCCAGAGCUACGAGCAUCUACGUCCCGGUGGAUGGGUUGAGUUGCAGGAGUUUGAAGUUAUGCUCAAGUCGGACGAUGAUUCGAUCCGUCUUGCGCCGGCGUUGUGCGAGUUUCUUGAACGACUGACUCAGGCCAGCGAAGCAUUCCACCGACCUAUGAAUAUCGCCGAAGGUCACCGGCAGCGGCUGGUUGAGGCAGGUUUCGAAGACGUGAGAGAUGAGGUGUACAAGGUUCCAUCGAGCGUUUGGGCUAGGGAUCCUGUGCAAAAGGAAAUUGGUCGGUACAACCAAUGCUCCCUUCUUAUGGCGGUCGAAUCCUACUCGCUGGCUCUUUUCACUCGUGUACUGGGAUGGUCGAAUAAUGAUACUCAGGUUUUCCUGGCGGGGGUGCGGAAAGAUCUCAAGAAUCCCGCUGUGCAUACUUACUGCAAGCUGCAUGUCGUCUAUGCUUUUGGUGCGCGGCCGCAGGGUGCCUGCACCAUCUACACCUUUUGCUGGUCGCCACUACGCCACUUCCCCGGUCCAAAGCUAUGGGCACUAUCUCGCAUCCCAUCUAAUCUCUCAGUCCUCCGUGGUUAUAACCACCUGGAUAUUCUGGCACUGCACAAGAAGUACGGUCCCAUCCUACGCCUGGGACCCAAUGAACUGGCCUUCAACACUGCACAGGCCUUCCGCGAUAUCUACGGCACUAGACCUGGUGGUUGCUUCCCUAAAAAUCGGAGCAAUUACAUAGCCCCGGUGAAUGGGGUCGAUCAUUUGCUCUGUGCGGUCGAUGAUGCGACCCAUGCAAGACAGAAACGGCUACUAGCCCAUGCCUUCUCUGAAAAGGCUUUGAGAGAUCAAGAAGGUCUCAUCAAUGGCUAUGUUGAUACCUUGAUUAACAAACUGCGUUCUCAAGUCCGACAGGGGACUUCCAUUGUAGAUAUCAAAAGUUGGAUGAACUUUACCACUUUUGAUAUCACCGGUGACCUGAUGUUUGGCGAGUCCUUCGAUUGCCUGAAGGACAGUCAACUUCACCCAUGGAUUAAGUUGAUCUUCAACUCUAUGAAGGCUCUUGCAUAUAUUGGAGUUGUAAAUCAGUUCCCCAUGCUCAAGGGCCUCCUCGACUUACUUCUUCCGCGAGAAGUCAAGCGCGUUGGCCAGGAACACUUUGAUCUCAGCGUGCAGAAGGUUGACCGUCGCUUGGCGUCAAAUAUGGCUCGUCCGGACUUCAUGUCUGCUAUUCUCCAGAAUGGACUUAGCGAGGAGAAGGGCCGGUAUCUGGAGAGCGACCGUAUCAUGACUCGGGCUGAGAUUCAUUCUAAUGGGUUCAUUCUUAUCGUGGCAGGUAGUGAAACAUCAGCAACCCUACUAUCCGGCUGUAUCUUCUAUCUUUGUAAAACUCCCCACGUCAUGAGCCAACUCGUCGCCGAAAUCCGUUCGACUUUCAAACAGGACACUGACAUGACCUUCCGCGCCGUGGAAGAGCUGAAGUACAUGAAUGCUGUCAUCGAGGAGACGCUGCGUAUCUACCCGCCCUUUGUGACGAGCCUGUCACGCCUUGUACCACAAGGCGGAGCAGUCGUGAACGGCCACUUUCUCCCUGAAGAUACGACUGUGGCAUGUCACCACUACGCCUCCUACCACUCCGAGUCCAACUUUGCCAUCCCGGAUAAGUUCAUGCCAGAACGCUGGCUGGGACCCGAUCCGGUUUUCGAGAACGAUAAGAAAGAUGUCUUGCAGCCAUUCAGCCUCGGUCCACGUGGCUGCCUUGGAAAACACCUAGCUAACUGCGAAAUACGCCUCAUUCUCUGCAAACUCCUCUUCCACUUCGACGUAGACCUACGUCUAGAGAGCACUAACUGGGCAGACCAAAAAGUCUAUUUCCUUUGGGAUAAGCCGGCUCUCAUGGUCACGCUGAAAGAUCGAUUUCCUGACGCAGGUGUCUCGGGUUCUUAG